AUGAUGGUUGCUACAGCCUCGGCCGUCUCAUCCGAGGUCUUCGCCGGCCUCGCGCUGCUCGUUCUCUCCCUCAUCGUCCUCCUCAUCCUCCGCCACUACCUCCCGCUGCGAACUACACCCGCCUACUUGCUGGUUCCCGUUUUCUUUGCACUAUGGCUACCCGCAGGCAUCGUCCUCCUCGUCCCGAUUGAUCUGGCCUCCGGCGCACGGACAGACGAUGUUGCGACAAGGGGCAUCUGGCUCCCCGAGAAUGUGCUGCGCGCAUCGUGGAGGAUAACGUACUGGCUGACAUUUGCUCUCACAUGGUUUAUACUUCCUGUACUUGGCGAAUACUCCGAUGCGGGAUACCGAGAGCCCAAAGCCAAGCUUUUAUACUCCCUCCGCGAAAAUGCGCAAUACUAUGCAAUGGUCUUCGGCUCCGGCAUCCUCGGGCUGGUCUAUGUAUUCAUAUCCUCCGGUGCGCCGCCGACUUCGAAGCUGAAGGGUUUGGUCAUGGCCCUUGCGUACUGUUGGGGUCUCGCCCUGGCCAUCUACCUCAUGGGCCACGGUCUAGUCGCAAUCCCGCGCCGCCUGAUACGAGAUGCGAGUAUCAGCAAAAGGCUUCGUCGCAUCCAGUCGCAAGCUCCCAAGUUAUAUGAGAAGAUGGAGGAAGCGGACAUGAAUUUGGAAGACGUCGAGAUUCAGGUAUCCGAGUUGAGCCGGCGCAAAGUAGGCAGCGCAAGAGACUUCCAGGACUGGAUCGAGGAACUCGUGGAUAUGACCAGUCUCCCCGAGGCACAUCCGCGGCCAGGCAUAUUGCAAGGCUCAGGCGAAGCGCGCGCUCUUCCAACAGUUAUCACCGAGAAAUAUAUGGCGGAUCUUACGAGACAGCUGGUUAGAGCUCGGCAUGCUCGAUCGCGAUAUGCGGGUGAAUGGAAUAAGCUGUUGCAGGAUGCCACAGACACGCAAGCAAUCCUGGACUCGGCAGGCUCCAAGAAGCUCGAUUUCGGUCAGCGAUCCCCCCAUUCUGGUUUCUGGGAUCGCUUCGAUCUUCUCAACCCCUAUACGAGAUAUCUCUACCACUACCAUUUCAUCCCUUACGCAAGGAUAUUCUUUGGCGGUUUCCUUGGACUUGCCUCGGCCUGUAUCGUCUGGUCUGAGAUUGUCAAGGUCGGCAAGACAACUUUGCCGAAGUUAUCUAUUAUCAGUCUUACGGUGGUGCAUCAUUGGACAGGCGAUAAGGGGCAAGUCGGGUUUGCUGGCCAGCUCAUAGCAUCGUUCUGGAUCCUCUACAUGUGUGCAGCUGCUCUGACUUCAAUUACCGAGAUCAAGGUCUGGCGCGGGCGUGCCCUCGUACGGCGCAAUACAGCCCACGAGUCUGCCUUCUGGUACGCCUCGCAGGUCGCCAGGCUUAGCGUUCCGCUAUCAUACAACUUCCUCACAUUCCUCUCUGCGGAGGUAUAUACCAAGACGAAUUUCUACGGGUUCCUGGGGCAGCUGAUUGUCCUGACGCCCUUGGGCGAGUGGUUCGACAAGCUCUUCCCCUUGUUCAUCCUUGUGCCUGUAUGCGCAACACUGUUCGGGCUCUAUGGCAAGGUGAAGCGGUUCUUCGGCUUUGCGGAUCUUAUCGAUGACCAGGACGAAGAAAACGAGUCAGGCUACGGGACCGGAUCGUGGCGCGAAGGUCGUGAUCUCAUCGAGCGCGAGAUUCACGGCACUUCUAUCAGAUCUCGACAAACUGCUGCCGCGGCGCGAUUAGCUGCAGGCCGGACAGACAGUCCAUCGGGACGGGCCGCGCCCGUACUCUCGAUCCCCGGGUCCCGGCGCACAGAAACCCCAAUCACACCCUUUGGCACGUCGCCAAACGCAGUGGGAAGCACGGCCGGGGCUGCUUCGACAUCUAGAGGAGGCCGGCAGAUCGGACAGUCGUCACGGACGCCGCUCGACGGGGAUGCAGACGACGACAACUUCUUUGCGGCGCUGGGGCAUCGCAUCAAGAACACGGUCGACACGAUCGACACGCCAAAGUGGUUCCAGGACAUCAAGAAGCCGAAGUGGAUGGGCAACAAUGACGGCGGCGAGGGGAGCCGGCCGGCAGCCGGCCGGAACGACUCGGAUUUCCGGCGCUGGUUCGGCGGCGGCAAUGACGGCGGGAGAAUCAGGCUCUAG